AUCUGGCACUGAUAUGAUGAGUCUCUCCCUCUCUGGCUCUCACGACUAGUCGGAGUAGUCGCUCUCACAAACACCCGAGUCUUGCCGUUGCACAGUGCAGGCGGGCUUGUCAGCUUUGAGGUAAUGGCACAAGCAGGUUUAUCAUGGUCCGCGUAGUCGUAGAAUAGAUAGCUAGAUUUGUAGGGAAAAGAAAUCUGGGAUUGGCGGGGGUAACACAACACCUAGCAGGUUGCCUUCAACUUUUUCAGUUCAAGGUCACAGUGAAAAUUCAGUUUGUCUGUGUUAGGACUCAGGAGCACCGAGCCAGUACGGCAAAUCACCAUUCAUGAGUCAUGGCUGCUAUUGCAGCGCAUUCUCUCCAGCAGCAGCCGCCUCAGGAGGCUCUGGAUGCGAGCGAGAGCGUGAGGACUAGCGACACCGCUGCUCCUGCGGAGACGGUGGCGGUGACGUCGAGUGCGAGCAAUGAAUCGGAGACAUGGUUAGCAGCAUUAGAUGACCCACUGGCCAACUUGCAGGUUGUACCAGGGUGUCUGGCCAUGGAAGAUCUGGAGAAAGACCAAAACUGGCGCUUGGUGGUGGCGGACCAGGCGGAUGGUGUGAACAUGAAGCUCAAGGUGAUCAAAGACACAAAAGUUGUGGUGGACAACAGACUAAUGGAGCUACCAACAUCAGUAUGUACAUUCUAUAUGGAUAACAACCCUCCACACACGCCGGCCAUUGCAGUUGCGUCAGGCGCCUACCUGUAUGUGUAUCGUAAUCAGCGGCCCUAUUUCAAGUUCACCCUGCCACCGCUGGAUCUCAGUGCACGUGAGAAAGAGUUAUGGCAUCAAGCUGGACACGGCGAAGUGAAUGCGUACAAACUACAGACACAGCUACAGCAGCUCAUGCAUGAGGUUGGACAGCAGGCACUGACUACUCGCUCUCUCAAGCUUCUGGGCAUGGAUGCGGCCUUGGCUGGAGAUGUGAUGAGUUCCGGUUAUGAAGGCUCUCCGGAAAUGAUAGACUUUGUUCAGCAGACGGCCAAGAGUCGCUUGCGCCGCUACACAACCGUCACGUGCGUGUGCACAAUGAAGAAAAGUGCCAAUGAAGAGGAUAGUGUCAGCUGUGUUGUUAUUGGCACCGAGAGUGCACAAGUGUUUAUCAUCGAUCCAGAAGCAUUCACCGUCAUACAGACAUUCAAACUGCCAUCACCUCCUGGUUCUAUCUAUUCAGCGGGCACUUUCUCAGGCAAUUUUCGCAUUGUGGCUGGUUGUCGCGAUAAUUGCAUCUACACGCUGAAGAGGGGCUCCGACACUCACAAGUACAAGAUUGAACUGACGUCUGCCAUUGUUGGCCUGGCACUCAUGCAGAAGCACAUCUCUGUUGGCUGCAUGAACCGUUCUGUUGAGGCAUACAACCUGCAUGGAAAGCGUCAGCAUCACAUUGCCAUGCCUGCUCCGAUCACAACUGUAGAGGUGAUGUACCAUGCAACGUGUCAGUUCAAUGGCAUCCUGGUUGGCCUAGCUAAUAGCGAGAUCCGCAUCUUGCAAGGAGAUCGGCUGGUAGGCUUGAUCAAACUUGUGUCGCCAGCUGCCGCAAUGAAAUUUGGUCGCCUGGGACGUGAGGACAGCACUCUAGUCGUGGUAACCAGAGCUGGUGGUUUGCACGUCAGGAUGUUGAAGCGAGAUGCCAAGAUGGUCGGUAACAACCCACCACGCCUACACAUCGACGAGCAGGCGUUUGGCAAGCCAGCUAAGCAGCUAACAAUACCCAAGAAGAGCCGGCAUUACUCCAAGCAGGCUAUACGCGAGCGUGAGACCGCCGAGGAGCUCUACACUCGGUCCAUGGCUGACAUUGCACAGUUGAAACUUUCCGUGGCACGCGCCUAUGCAGAGAUGAUGCAGGCUGGCAAGCUACCGUUUAGCACUGGCGGCAAUGUAGCGGCAACGAAUGCGAGAGAGGAGAUCACACAACAACGUGCUCACGAUAUACGCUUGCUGGGCGAAAUCAGUGGAUUCGGUCCACAAUUCUCGCUGCACUUGAAGGUGACGAACAUGGCCGGACAGCAGAAGUACUUCACACAUCUCUAUCUGGGAUUCCACUACAAUGACAACCUGUAUGCCGUGACGCCCACACACCUGCAUAUUCCCAUGCUUCUACCUGCUAUUGAGUAUCGCAAUGCAGUCAGGGUGGAAUGCUCCAGCAACACAGGACAAGCAGAGAAUGUGGAGGUGUACUUGUUUGAGAAGAAGUCAGUGUGUCCCAUAGUGUCCCUCAGUGUCAAGAUGCCAGUCAGUGAGACGGUACUCUUACCAUGACACUACUACCGGGACUAUGCCGCGCCUCUAGGAUUGCAGGACCAGGUCUGUGCAAUCUGCCAAGGCAUACUCGCGCGUACAAGACUUGGCAGUGGCAAUGAUGAGACUGGCUGGAUAUUCACAUUCACACAUCACAAGCCGGAUACAUGAACAAAAGCUGCUUCGAAGUAUGUGCAAAUACGAAUGCUCUAUCUGCAAUAUGCCUCACUUGUUGCGCCUGCUGCUUGAUGCCAGCUUUUAUAAGUGUGUGAGUUAUUUGACUUCAGAUGCAUGUGUGGUUGAGUGGACGCUAACAUUGUACUACUUUGAGCUUGGGCAUUGCUUUUAACAGAAUGCAAACUUGCCCUUCAACACAAUGGCUUUUAUAGAGAUCGCCGCUCCAUUCUUUGCAACCCCAGUCAAGCCACUAACUACGGUCAGCGAAAGAGUGGACAAAGCACAUAUCAACACUUUCAGAAGAUUCUACAGAGUGAUCAAUGUCAUACAAUGAUUGUAAUAAGUUAUUGUAUUGGACAUGCCCAGCUAAGCCCAGCUGCAAUAAAAUUAAUAUUUUGUCUGACACAAGAAUGAUACCAGAAACGUCCAGAUGUAAGAAACUUGUAUUUGUUAUUUGGCCACUCAGAAUUCAUUGGUUGUUUCGGGUCACCGAACGGCCGUCAUUUUCACCCAACCGGAA